GUCGGUAUUGACCGCCAAUCAUCAUUCGUCAUCCUCAUCGUCAUCUUCAGCUCAAUUAUGCCUGUCCUUUACAUCCCCAUCACAAAUAUAAGAAGUAAAAGCCUGGGUCUCUAGAGCAUAAUCAAGCACAACAUGGAAGCUGAAGCAGAUGUUGUGAUUGUGGGAGCUGGAAUUUCUGGCCUUGCAACUUCCUUAGGACUUCACAGGCUGGGGAUUAGAAGCUUGGUGUUGGAAUCAUCUGAUAGUUUGAGGACAACAGGUUUUGCAUUCACAACAUGGACAAAUGCAUGGAAGGCCUUAGAUGCCCUUGGUCUUGCCGAUUCUCUUCGCCAACAACAUGUCACACUUGAUGGGAAUGUAACUUCCUCAAGAAUUACAGGGCUUCAAACGUUUGAGAUGUCAUUUAAGGCCAAAGGAAAGCACGGAGACCAUGAAAUUCGAUGCGUGAAAAGGAACUUGUUGUUGGAAGGCCUUGCAAAUGAACUCCCCAGUGGCACCAUCAGGUUCUCAUCCAAGGUGGUUUCCGUUGACGAAUCGGGCUACUUUAAGCUGGUUCAUCUUGCAGACGGGACCAUCCUCAAAGCCAAGGUCUUGGUUGGGUGUGAUGGAGUGAACUCCGUGGUGGCAAAAUGGCUCGGCUUCAAGCAGCCGGCAUUUACAGGUAGAUCUGCUAUUAGAGGUUGUGCUACCUUCAAGAGCAGUCAUGGAGUUGAUCCCAAGUUCAAUCAGUACUUUGGGAAUGGUAUUAGAUCUGGUGCCAUCCCUUGUGAUGAUACAAAUGUUUACUGGUACAUUACUUGGACUCCCUCUAGCCAAGAGAAAGAGCUAGAAGAGUACCCAGCUCAACUGAAGCAAUAUAUGUUAAGCAAGCUUGGAAAGAUACCUGAUAAAGUAAAAGCUGUGGUAGAAAACACCGAAUUGGAUGCUUUUAUAUCCUCUCCAUUGAGAUAUAGACAUCCUUGGGAGCUUCUUUGGGGAAACAUCAGCAAAGGCAAUGCUUGUGUCGCAGGAGACGCACUCCACCCCAUGACCCCAGACAUUGGCCAAGGUGGCUGCGCUGCAUUAGAAGACAGUGUUGUAUUGGCAAGGUGUCUUGGUGAGGCCUUGUUGAAGAACUCAGGGGGAGAAAGAAAAGAUAAGGAGGGUGAAGAAGGAAAGGAAGAGUAUGAGAGGAUUGAGAUGGGGUUGAACAAGUAUGCCAAUGAGAGGAGAUGGAGAAGCUUUGAUCUGAUUAGUACAUCUAGAGUGGUUGGUUUCUUACAAGAGAGUAAUGGAAAAUUUAUGAACUUCUUCAGGGACAAAUUUUUAUCUCCAAUCCUGGCUGGUUUGUUGUUGAAGAAGUCAGAUUUUGAUUGUGGGAAGCUCAGCAUCUCUUAAAUGCAAUGAUACUUCCUCUGCAUAUAUAAUAGUGAUUUGCGUGCAACCUUAUAUGUCAAUCAUAUUAGUGCAAGAACUUUCUUUUGUCAUUUUGUGAUUUAUAUGGAGUUUCUGUAUGGGGACAUUUCUUUUAAGCUUUAUUAACAACAGGGGAAACAAGAUUCGAACU